AGAUAGAACAGCUGUAUCCAUUAUAAGGUUAUUAGCUUGCACCGAUCUCCAUCGCAACUCUUGGAGUAAUUCAGUUAAUCACCUUCUCCGCUUCAUUGCAAUAUGCAAAUGAGUCAAACAAGAAUAUUCAAAAAGUGACAAAAGUUACCCUGAUCAGAUCUGUGAAGCUUAGGAUGUUUUAAAGCUACUAUAAAAGCCUCUUUGCAGGCACUUGGGACUUAAAAAAUGUCAUCGGAUCCUGAGGGCUCAGGCGAAACGGAACAAAAACGAGAGCGUCUUCGUAAAUCACGAAAACUAGGCCUUUGCCAAAAGCUAUCGGCUGAAAGUCGUGCUUCUUACUUGGAAGGGAGAACACCGUUUGGACGGUAAGAAACAACUGCCUAUGUAACGCAAGAUUAUAGCAUGUUUCUGUGCUCAAAUUGUGCAUCAGUUGAAACAUAGUACUCUUUCUCAAGGUGUAAAUUUCGUUUGUUGUUCGAAAGGGAAAUGUUCCUUAAUUUCUACGGUUUUCAAGCUGUGUACAUAUCAUAUAAGAGUGACAUUCGUGUUGUCAAUGGUUUGUCGAUUUCCGAGGCUUUGAAAUCAAGACCUGUUUUUAGAUUAGUUGGGAAGACAUAUAUUUUUAUUUGAGAAAAGUGCAUACGUGUUAAGUCCGUAUUAUUACUAAGUUUUAAUUGUAUAUUUAUAGACUCCUGGGAAGAGUUAACUUUUUCAAUAUUUUCCUCUUUGAAUAAAAUAAGUGCCGGUGUAAAAGUAGCUGCUUUCCAAGUAAGCUUUAAUUGACAUUAUGAAAUUUCAUGUUAAAUGAUCACCUGAAUCUUCGAAUAGUUUUUCCUUUUUUCCUUUGUCCUAAUUGAAUCAAGUUGCAAAGUUGGAAAUCUAUGAUCUUGAAUGUUUGAAUUUGUAAAAUGAUUGUUUCUUUAGGAGGGUUAUAAUUAACAUAAUUUAGCUCCACUCUGUGAAUUAAUGUUCCGUUUGUUUUUUGUUUAUUCUGAGUAAGAUUGUCACAAAAAAAAUCAUGUCAGUCAUCGAUCUUAUCGUCCUUUGAUGUUGCAUAUGGUAAACAGAGUAUCAAAUAGCUCAGACUCACAUACACCCAGGAUUAUCCAAGGGUACAUUGCUCUAAUGACUACAUAUCUUACUUGAACCUGUCAUACUGAUAUAUACACUCUACUGAUGUCAUUAUCAGGAAUAUUUACAUUUUUUUUACAUCUUUUUAGUAAGAUUAAAUUAGUUGAUAUGUAGUUUUUGUUCUGUUAGUAGUAAACCACUCUGUCAUGCAGCCUGCUAGUACACUGAGCACGUUCAUGAUAGUUAAGGCUGAUUAUUAGUGAUCAUUGAUAUUUUGAGCAAAGUGGGCAUAAGGGUUUUUGGUUUUGCUAUAAAUUUAAAGCAUUUUAAGAUUGUUUUUGCUCCAGAAAUUUGCAGCUUUAGUUUUAGUGCCCCCAAUGGAAAUUUUCAUUGUUUUCUUUGGUGAGCAUAUAUAGUUACAUUGAAGUUUUGGUAAAAAAGAAAUCUCAAGGGUGUUAAUCUUGGUUUCAUUUCCAUUUUCUUUUUGAGCAGUUUUUCAGUUUUUGCCCCUUGAAAUUUUCAGUAUGUUUUUGGAUUUUCUGUUUUCAUAAAAAAUGAAAGUGGUUUUCAGGUUACUGAAGUAUUUUGGUUUUCAAAUUUAGGUCCAAAAGUACAGUGUACGUUACCUCCAUGCACUUACCCAAGGUUCCCUUAAGCUAACAUUAACACUCAUUACUACUUAUCUACGGCGAAAUGUUACUAAGAAACAUAGGAAAAUUGAUCCCUUAUUUUCUAAAACUUCUCACUCAAGUAUACUCUUAAAAUUUACUCAAGGGAGUGGUACCAGUAUUCCCUUUAAAAUAAAAUGUUUUGCCUGUUCUGUACUGCUACGUCUUGUAACACUCUUGACCUGUUCCAAGCAAAAACAAAAUUGCAAAAUGUAGUGUAAGUGCCUUUGAGAAUUCUGGGCACAUCACUGGGGGAAUAAUUUAUAUCCAGUGUGCAAAGAAAGUAGUGUUCGAGAGCAGCCUUGGGACUAGUGGAUUUUGCUAUCAGGCGAGUGAAUUCUGUUCUUAACUUGCCCGACAGGCAAGUGAAGUUUUUUGAGGAAUUCAAAUUACCGAAGAACUGUGAAAUCAUUUCUGCUCACCAAAAUGUUUUUGGGGCUAGUUGAAAGGGCGUUUGGGCUAGUAUUAUGCUACCUUCAGCUUGCCUGAAUGGCAAGCUCUAAAAGUGACUUUCUUUGUACUCUUAUAUCUAUACAAUAUCUUCAUAAUUAGAGGCUUGUCAUGCAUGUACUUAAUCAAAAUGUCUGAGUAAAUAAGAUCUGACAUUAAUUCUAUAAUUUUUGACUAUAGAGCUCAGAACUUUGAUGGAAAUUACUUUGAGAAGUUUAAUUCACUAGCCCAAAAUGAAAAGCAUGAGACUGAUUGCCGAAAUGAGGUAAGGUAACAACAGUUGUUGUGAAAUUUUAGUUAGCUGCAGCCUAAUAAAAUCUCCAGUCAAACCAUUUAACUACAGUCAUAGAGAAGAACCCAGCUAUUAUGGGUCUUAAUCUUAAGGAAAUUUUAAAGAGUAAAAAUUUGAGAGCUGGGUGGUGGUCAUGUUAGAUAAUGUGGGAAUGGUUGCAUGAAUCUUCUGUACCCAAAUAGAAGUCACCUAUAUCAACUCAUUUUAUAGUAUCGUAUUCACUAACGAAUUAAAUCCCAUAAAGUCCCAUAGUUUAGUGACAAAAACACUUUAAUACAUGGCAUUUCCAAUAGUGUUUCAUCUUCACGGGACAAUAAUGUUUUUCCAUAGGAAGUUGUCAAUGCUGAAAACUUAAGUCCUGCGGUGGAAGAUGAGGGAUGUGAUGCUGAAGUGUUGUCUUCAGUGGCUGCUGAAGCAACGUUAACUGACAAACAGGUACAUUGAAGAAAUACAUGAAACGUUUCAUUCUUUAAUUUUACUAGCUGGAUUCUUGUGGCAUUAGCUCUUAAGCUGUCUUAAAUUGUCAUUAUUAUUUUAUUGGGUGGUGCUGGGAAUUAAUUUACAGAUGCAUUUGUGGGUGCUCCAGUAACUUUACACUGUAGGUCAUUAUCGGUCACUGGAUGUUUUGGGGCAUUUGGAGGACUGUGAUAAUAAGAGUAGAGAAUUGAGCUUUGAUCUCCAUACACACUGGCCAAAAAACAAGAAUAAAUUAUUUUUGUAAUCACAAUAAUUAACAUACCUAAGUGAAUUUAAGAUAAUUAAAAGGAUGGUUGUGAAAUUUGCUGGACAAUGUUUCAACCAUGCAAGAGCCUCUCGUAUAUGUUUAAAUCAUCCAACAGUAAAAACCUUUUAAGUGCCAGCAAGAGUGACCAACAUCAAUUUUCUCUUAACAGUAUCUAUACAUCAUCAAGGCAAUAGGUUAUGAGAAUUAAUAAAAUGAUCACCAGAGGCAAAAUGCAUUGAUCUCUUAUCAAAUUCUCUCAAUUAAUAAGGUUUGCAUGUUUCUAUAUUUUUUUUUAGCAGACCCUAAUCUCUGAGUAAUAUUUUAAACAAUACAAACUGAAGUUUUCAACAAAUUGUGGUUUCCUUGUACUGCAUUUAACUUGAAAGCAGACUUGCUUAAGUUUUUAAAUUCUUAUAUCCAUUAGUCACACACUUAAGUGUAGUGAGUAGAUUUCAUACAUGUAGGUACAUGCACACUUUUAAGUGUGGAAAGUUUUAGACUUUACUUUAUACUAUCUUUCAAAGUGUUUCUAUAAAUGAUCAGAAGUGUUUCAUUUUAAAUUGAUUUUGUGACAGCGUGAGGCAUUGUACUGCGAGCUGCUUUAUACUGUUAUUCAUCAGUUGGGAGCACAGAACAAGACACCUGAGAACCUCUCUGCUGGCAAUUUAUAUGUGUAUGCUCAGGAGGUAUGUACAGUACUCUGGAUCUACUAAUGUUUGGUGUUGUUAUUAAAAUAUAUUAUAAGAUUGAGAACUCUGCUCUAUAAUGUGCAUAAUGAUGCAUAGAUCCACGCAUAAGAAAGGGUGUUUUCUAAGAAAACUUGAAGGGAGCCCAGUACAGUGCUACUAACUUUCUGAGAUCCAGGGUGCCUUAAGCUGAACUUUAUGAAAAAUAUAGGAUUUUGUAGUUGCCCAAUAGUAAAAGCAAGGCACCUGAGGGCUGGGCCACUGGUCUUUGCAAGAGGACUGCAGUCUUGACACGUUUGGAUGCAUAAUUAUUAAUGGUAAUAAUAAGAAAGCCCAUGAAGUAACCAGUUUAUUAACUGAGAUGAGAAGAGUACACUAGGGCACAAAUGAAUGCUCAUCUUAUAAAAUAUUCUGAAUGCUAAUUUAAGGGAGAUAUCUUAGCCAUUAGUGUGUUGAUUAACAUUCCCCCAUCUCUUACUUACUGCAAAGUACCUGACUGUGCCACCCUAUACAGGGUAUGUGCCACAACGCACAAAGAGGAUUAAGGUGAAGGUGUUUUGAAGGUAGUGUCUCCCCCAUUCCUCUCUCUGGCAAUGGUCAGGACAGUGGGGGAUUGGGAUGUUAUAGCAUAAAUAAAAAAAUAACAUAAUGAGGUAAUUCAAAGCCCUUAAAAGUAGACAAACUGGAUAAGUAGUUUUCUUCAAGUUUCGUGUUAGAUGCAUUCAGUAUUAAAUCAUUACCAGUUAUAUAACAUUGUAAUUUAAUUAUUGGUGGUUAAGGAAGUGUCAAAAUUGUUUCUUUAACAGUCUCUCAAGAUUUCUGAGGAGAAACACAGGAAUCUCUAUGCCAAGACGAAGGAAAGAGAAGUGUGUAUCAUUUCCUACCUGUGUUUUCCCCAGCUUUUUGUACUCUGUUCAGUCAAUUUCAGAUGCAGAAAUCCUGUCCUGAAUUAAUCACUUAAUUCAUCUGUAAAAAAAAUGAUAAUAUACGUAUUACCAGGUUAUUACUAUUGGCGGCUUAAUGUUCAAUGUUAUUUGGUUAGGUUUACAGUGUCAGAAAAAUUUACAGAGGGCCACAAGUUUAUCAGUUUUUUCCUAACUGUCACGUGUUUACCCUCUUUAAAUAAAGGCAUUACCUUACCUUACCUUACCUUACACAUAUCGAAAUAUAUGACUUUUUUACAUCCCACAUCCAGUGACCUUCAUUUUUAAACCUCAGAGUGUGUCAAACAAACUUCUUUUAAUGAAUUUUUCUACGUCUUCAGUUUUAUUUAACCAAAUACAUGUAAUAAUUAUUUGUAAACAUGAUUCACCACUUACAUGAAAACUUAAGCAAGCUAAAGCCUUAUUUUGAUUUUAAUGUCUGUUGUUGUAAGGUCACAACCUUAGCUGGGCUUUAGCUGUUUUCCAUUUUCCAAGUAAUUGCAUCUGGCAUGUUGUGCGUCGUCUGCAUGCCUGAGCUUUCUAACACUUUCCUUGUUUUUUUCAUUUGUUGUUGUUUUGUUUUGUACUCCUUUUUGUUUUGAUUUUUAGCCUCCAACUUGUGUGAUAAAAGUAGAAGGUGAUUGUUUGAAAAUUUUUAUUAUUUUAUAAAUAAGAAUUUUUGCCCCUCAUUCACUGCAAUGUCAAUGCUUUAGGCUUAGACCCAGAACUUUGUUUGUAGUUAGUUUUUAGUUGAAGUAUAUUUCUCAAUUUCAUUAAUACACUGCAGUUGAUUCCAGUUUCUAAAAUAAUUACUUGGAGGAAAUGCAUUUCUUUGUGCUAAAAUGAGAGAUACAGUGUAUAAUAUAAUGCACUGCUUGGCAUUAUAUUUGUGUCAUUCUUCCCUGCUUUAGUUUAGUUUUUGUAUUUUUUAGGUUGGGGGAAGGGUUGCUUUUUUAGUAAAAUAUGGGUAAUUUUCCACUGGCUGAGUUUAACAAAAUAAGUGGAAAAUUAUGUUUUUCUCACACACUAUUGUUGGUUGCCUGGGCAUAGGUCAUGUGACCAAAAGGUGGGCAGUUGCCUUUGUUGCAUCCGCCAUUACUGACCUUCCCACCCACCCACCCGCCCUAAGAUUCAGUUUUGUAGGCUGUUUAAAUGUAAUGUGCAACUUUGUAAUUUUGUUAAUAGUGUCUCGCCUUUCUAGGGGUAUAUUGUUAUGUGUACAUUUUUAGGAAUUUGGAAUACAUGUCAGGCUGCCGUGGUGAGCUUGGCAUGGCUACCAGUGGUGUGUGAGAAAAUUCUUUCAAGAUAGUAAGACCAAUUAACUAAUGUUCUAAUUGUGAGCCAACAUCCAUUUUGUUGUGAUUUAGUUGUGGAGGCCAGAAAUUUGGAGGCAAAGGAUGCAAACGGUAUCAUUAUAAUUAUUAUUAUUAUUAUUAUUAUUAUUAUUAUUAUUAUUAUUAUUAUUAUUAUUUUUUAUUUGUUUAUCACCAAUGUAAUUACUACAUGAUCUAGUGUUCCCCGUAAACUGAUACAGCUGUACACUGUACUGUACAUGUAAUUUAAAUGCAUAAAUUUUUAUGCAAAAUAUAUUCAUCAGAAAUAUAUUUUCUGUAAUUAGCUUGUGACAGUUUCUUCAGUUUUAAUAAACAGUUUUUAUACCAAAAUAACAUGUAAUUUACAAUUCCUUUGUUGCAUUCUCAAGUUAACACCCUACCAUGUGUUCCUCACUGACAUGCAACCCGGAGCACUGAUAAAGAUUGAUUGAUUGAUUGAUUGUUGUUGUUGUUGUUCAUUGUUUUUACCAUUAUUAUUAUUAUUAUUAUUACAAUGUAGUAGUAGUGACAGCAGCAGCAGUAUAGCUGUAGUAGUAUAGUAUUAUUUUUAUUAUUAUAAGUAUUUAAUUAUUACUCUUUAAUUAUUAUAAUUGGUUUUACUUUUAAUGUUACUGUUUAUUUAUAAAUUGACAAACAAAUUUUAAUAUUGGCAGGUUUGAGUGAUCCCUACUGUAUGUUAGGAUUAAUGUCAGAUGAAAUUGAAGAAAAGAUGAAAAAAAUCAAAGUGCACCGCAAGAAAUCUAUGACAGUCAGAGAUGUUCUUGAUGAAGAUUCAAUCCACGUGACAAGCGUAAAAGAAAAUACUUUGAACCCGGUCUGGAAUGAGGCAUUCACAAUGUGAGCAGAGUUGUUUUAUCCAGAGAAGUAACAUUAUUAGAUCUAGGCUUGGCCACUUUUCAAAAUCCGUGAACUAAGUUGAUGUCAAUCUGUUUUGUCUUUCGAAUUUCCAAGUCAUCAUCUUCAUCAUUAUCAUGCAAUUCUUUGAUAUAUAGAAGCAAGUUAAUUAUAUGGCAGUUUGCAGCUGAAUUUUUCACGACCGAGGUGAUCGCAAUUUAGACAAAGACGGUAGUUCUCCCAAAUACUAAGCGGAAUGCACACAUAUUUCGACUCUCACGGAAUUUACGGGCUCCAUAUUUCACCACUGUAGUUAGUACAGGGGACAAGCUAUGAUUUCACAUAGUAUAACGCGGAAUAUAUUCUAAUCAUACCGUAGAGGGCUUGAGGACUUUUGUUAAGCUUAAGCUUUUUGAAACUUUUUGCGUGGAAGAAUCGUUUUCAACACACUAAAAACGGCAAAACAGAGGACACUCACCCAGCUUCAUUUACGAACGAAAAAAAAAGACAGCCUUCCUCAAGGACUGCAAACAGCAACCGGCAAAUGCGAAAAAAAAAAAAGGCGGGAAAAGCAAGGUCACAUGGUCGGUCCUUUUUUCCCGUUCGCCUUUUUUUUGCAGGUUCUCUCAAACUUCUCUAAAAUCACCCGCCGGUCAUUUGGGGUUUGGAUCUAGCGGUUUGAGAUUUGUAAUGUUUACAUUUUUGAUUGAAGUUAUUCAUAGUAGCUAGUUUUCAGUAAGAUCGUCUAGAUCGAGCUCUUUAUGUUACGGGCGGCCAUGUUGGUAUCGGAACCACCCCCGCCCCUAAUUAUAAGUAGAUUUGAUCCCUAGGCUUGACGAGGCUAGAGUCAAACCAAAGUGGCUAUACCCGCGGGUGUUUGUUCUCCACGAUUUUACAGGAAAAUAAUGGACUAUGAACAGUCUUACUAGGUGGAUUGGUUUAGAACUCGGACUCCCUGAUAUCUGGAUAAAAUAAACCUUUCGGAAAGACUACUCCGAUCGUUGCUCGGACUGCUGCAAGUAGUUUCGACAGUUUACAUGAAGCCGUAACAGCGUAAGAUUUCAGUACUCAAACGAAACAUUUUGCUUGUGUGGCAUAUAGCCGCUGAUUUCGAUAGAAGGAAACAGCAUUUUAUUAUUACUCUAAAAUCAAGGGCCAUAAUUGAGGACGGAGACCAUAAAUAGUAGAUACCAUUUUGAGUAGUGGGUUUGGUUCCAUUGAAGUAGUCAGAUGUUACAGUUGUAAGUGUCAAGGUUGUCUAUGGCCGUUUGAAGUGAUGACGUCAUAGGUGGUAUAAGGGACAAAGAUCUACAAGGGCGGUCACAGACGAUUCAGGUGUAAAUGGCCUAAGCCGUUCCGAACCGAGCUGUACCGAAACCAUAUUCUUGCCCUUUGGUUUGUGUUUUGCUUUAUAUGCUUGUGUUUUAGUCUAUCUGUAUUUUUUUUUUCAAUAGGAAAGUUACCAAUUCUUAUAAAGAAAAAUUUCAUCUUGACAUAUGGUAAGUUGCGUUGAAUAUUGUCUGAUAAUAUUUUAGGAUUAUAUUAUAACCAGAGAUCUGUGUAGAGUUUAAACUGCUGGUUAUGUAUUUUUAGCGUUUAACUUGAUUUGACUUUAUUAGCACAUGUUAUACAUUAUUUGAUACCACGGGUAAAGGAGUCUAUGUUGCUUUCACUGUUUUAAGGGAUUGUGACGACAAAGAUGUGCUGAAGGAGGAAGAUAACAAAAUCACAAAAAUUAAAGGUUUCUCCGGAAUGGGAAGGUACGGUAACAACAGGCAAAAUGCCUGAAAUCUUUUAUUCGCAUUAAGACCUGUCAUUUAGAACUCAGAUCAACAAUAAUACUUUUACCAACGUAACAAGCUUGGUCGUAUGUCGAUGAGCCGAGAAGACAAAGGUGUUCAGCACGAUAAACGAACGUUGUUAUAUAAGUGUGAAAAAAACUUUACUAUUGACUCUCUAUAAGCUCUGUUAUAAUAGAUCCCUUGUCAGACCUGUAUUUUAAAAGCGCUGAAAUUAUUUUGUGCUGAAAUGUGGAGGGUAUUUUGACGUUCUUGGUUCGUUUUUGUUGCCAGGUUUUUUAAAGAUGUGAUGCAGUCUGCAAGAAAAUCAACUUGUGUUCAGGAUGGCAAUAUUGAUGAUUUUCUCGGAUUUAUUGAAAUACCAAUCAAGGUAAUAAGCAGCUUAUAGAUCGAUAGAUCAGACUGAAGAAGGUUGUAGAGGGGCAAACUUGUAACUGUUCCGUUCAAAUUAGCGGGAAGCCCUUGGUUAAUGCUGCCAAGAUUUUGGUAAACUCCAAGGAUACGAUAUGAAAACUGUGUGGGAAAAUAUCAAUUAAUAUUACUAUUUGGGAAAUAUUAAAUAGUUCUUAGUUUCAAAGGCUUUCCAAUAAGAAUAGUACUGGUAUUUGACUUUUCCCAGCAAAACCUCUACGUACUCAUCCACAUCGUAUACGCGUUAGCCAUUGGUUGCAUGGUCGGCUCGGCAUGGCUCCCAGUUUCCAGUGUGUGAGAAAUUUUUAGGAGUAAGCUAGCAGUCGAGGAAAGUACCUCCUGUUUUGGGCCGACUGAAAAAGGCUAUAACCGGUCUGAAGAAGGCUAUAACAGUUCCUGGGUACAAUCAUUUCGAAGAAGUUAAAUCUCACAUUCUCUUAACAUAUAAUUUGAUCCAAAAAAUCUUGCUUUCCAGUUUACGUACUGCAUAUUAAGCUGUUGUUGUUUUUGUUUUUCAUAUGUGUUUAUGUGUGGUUGGUCUCCCAGAAUAUACCAUCGAGUGGCAUUGACAAAUGGUUUAAACUUGAAGGACGUUCGUCCAAGUCGCAUGUAGAUGGUGACUGCCACUUAAAAAUCACGCUGACAACUGGAAAGGUAACCAACCUAGCGUUACAAAUCUUGAUAUUGUAGGUAUUCGAGCAUCACUGCUGAUAAAGAUUUUUUAUAAUGUGGCUGGAAUAUUUUUCAAAUAAGAAGUCCUCUCGUUGGCUACUUCGAGGUCAAAUGAAAUAGCUGUUUCCCGAAAAAAGGGAGGGGUUUAAGCCAGAGAUUGCAAAUCUGUGUCGUUAUGGUUAACAAAUUGUUUGUCACCUGUGAAUGUUGACCGACAACCGUCUUUCUCUUUUUGGAUCUUCUGACUUCACAUGUCUUGGCCGUGCCAUAUGGUGAAUCAUUUAAUGACUGGUCCCUCAGCAAAUCUAUUAAUUCUGUCCCUCUAAUCCUCAGGUUUUACCUCCGCGCAAACCCCUGAGUUGUAUGUUUCGCACGUGACCAGAAUGCCCGGAAUAUUUGCACACUAAUUCAGAUCAAGGUGGUCCAUGAAAUUUGUUACUUGAGAAAAAGGUUAACCAAUCAUUUUUCUACGUUAUUGUUUGCAGAGACCUGACAUACCGGAUGAGAUAAAACAUCUUUAUCCAACAGCCAUAGAUAUAUAUGGUGCUCUUUUGAGAGAAUUUAUCAAUUACGGCUCUGAACAUCAGGUGAGAGGCUGUCGUGAAAAAUAAAAACACUACGUUGUCUUCUUUCGUAACUUUUUAAGCAUAACAUGUAUGCAUAACUGACGGGAGGGUUGAGAGUCCCAUCAAAAAAUUUCGAGCAAUCCAAACUUGAGGUGCUGUUUUCACUCUUUAGGAACCGAGCAAUAAAAGAAGUUACGAUCAGCUGUGUCCCCAAGCAGAAUUCAUUCUUCAUCAGCAUGCUCUUCAAAACGAACUCACAGAACUCCAGCAGGCAUGCAUGUGAGUUCAAUUUUUGCCACUGUAGUCAGUCAUUACCUAAAAUUUCUGUAAGUUUGCUAUUAGUUUUGUUUUGGCCAUCUGUCUGGUACUGGACGUUUCAGUUUUCUCGGGAGUCAUAGUCCAGGAGUAAGGAAUAAUUAUCUACAUGUAUGCAUGCUCUAGAGAAACCAAUCACUCUACAGUGACUCUAGCUAUCUUAGUAAGAGUAGUGGUUAGCUACUGAUAACGUUCCUAAAACUACCUUCAGGUGCGGACAAUUGUCCUAAGCGUUGUUUAACAUUUAGUCUCCUUGACAACUUGAACAGCCGGUUACAGGCCUGCUUCACGCCGCAGAAAUGUGCUCUGCGCCAUUUGGACCCAGAAUCUCUUUAAACAAACAUGGCAUGUCUGCGAGAACUUAAAUUGUGCUAAACAGUUGUCCGUGCUGUCAGAGAUCGUCUGAAAACGUCCGAUGAGACAGCUUUCGACCGGCUGUCGCAGCCCGCCGUUUAUCGUUAGAAAUUAUAUGGAAACCAGCGGUCCUUCUCAAGGAGACCAUGUGAGGCAAAGAGUGGCACAGAUCGUGGGUAGCUUAUUACGGUCUUCGUACAAUCGCGGUCGAUACCUUUUUAUUGUGGCACAGAGAGUGUCACCCUACAAUGUGAGCGAAAGAGCCUUCUUUUUAAAAAAGGGAAACAGGAAACGCAGUUUUUAAAAUAUAAUACCCAUACAUUGUAUAAUGUAUAUAAGGUUAAAUUGUACUAUCAUGAUUUGUUCUACAGACACUGGAGUUUGUUCAGUCAUCAUCACUGGAUAGAACCCAUGAAGUAUAGCUCAUUAAACAACAUGUUACUUAAGAUUCACGAGAAAUGGAAAACCGGAGAGCUUAGUCAGAGAGAGGUAAAACCAUAAUGCAAGUUCUCUUAAGAUUUUCAGUGACAACAGAGAUAUGAACUUGUAUGCAAUAACCGCAUGCUGUGUUUGUAAGGUGAUACCCUUAGAAGGAAGAUUAAAGGUAUAGUUACACUGAGCCUUUUUUCUGUGGGAUGAGGCCUUUUACCUGACCAAAAAUAAGACUAUUUUUAAGAUCAAGUUACCCUGGGACAUAACCAUGGAAACAUAAAAAUGUGCAAAUAAAUGACGUGUUAGUUAGUGAGAUGUUAUCUUCGUCAGAUGAGUCCUAUAAUAAAACAACCAACGCGUUAAAAGUCCCGCGUGAAGGGCGCACAGCAAGCUGUAAGUCCCACGGAAAACAAACUUAAUUGUUUCGCGUUUGCCUCUUCUCCCACGGUUGGCCGCGCUUACCUCAGUUUUUGUCUAAGAUAACUGGGGGAGGUGGGGCUUUCCGAUCCCCUACACCCAGCGUCGGGUCGCCGCUAGUAUGCAACCGCGAUUAUUAUUAGAGAAUAAUCACUAAUCAAAGAAAACAUGUGUGACAGCGUGUCCAGCCCACUUCAUCCUUUUCAUAUCGUGUCUUUUUUUGUUCCAGGAGUGUUCGCUAGUCAAGUCCCUUAAGCAGUUUACAGAUAACUGUUGGAGGUUGAUGAUGAAAUAUCGAGAGGUAUUCCCUGCCACUGAUAAAGGAAAACUUGGACGAUUGAUCAACCUUCUGGAGUAAGUUAACCGCCAACCAUAUAUUAAUCCAUAACUUUUGACUGCUUAUUCCAAAGAGAGGAUGCUAGUACACCCAGUGGUACUUCGCUCGCAAUUUUUUUUUUUUACUUGUGAUUUCCACAACUACGACUCCCAUUGAAGAAAUGAGCUAAAUCAAGUUUGAGCACUGUUUCUCUACUACCCUCAAAAUCGUGAUUCAUUUGCAAAUUACGAGCUUAGACAGGGGCAGCUUCUUUGAUGAAUCUAAUCUCGUUAUAUUUUGUUUAUAUCAGGUGUUUAGUGAAUCUUUACAAGCUUGAGAUUUUCAAAGAUGUUGUUGCAGAACCUUUGAAUGUUCAAAUAUCCAAUCUUCUUAAGGUGAGUCAGAGAUAAGUGUUGUCGCCACAUAUCGGAGAUUUUAUUUGUCAAAGAACUAUUUUUUUUAUUACCUUUCAAGAAUGAACUUGUUCAAUUUGUGCUUGUUAUGCGCCAUAACGUAUAAAAAACUACCAUCUUGGACAAAAAUAUUGAGAAAAAUGGACGUUACCAUGUCUUAUUUUAAGAAAAAGCUCUUGAAAACAAUGGCAGCUACAAAUACUCCCCCCCACCCCAAAAAAAAAAAAUAAAUAAAUAAAUAAAAAUAACCCCAAUGUUGAAGUCCGGCUGGAUCAUUUUUGAUCCCGAAUAAACAACUUUGACCAGGGUGGGGCCAUAGCCAAAUCCGCGAGAUAGGCGUUCUGUGGGUAACAAAUUGCAAAAGUCUCAACACUUUUUGUCCAAGAUUGUAGCUUGUGAGGUAAUGCAGAAUGACCCCUGGGUAUGCAGUUGCUUCUGGAGACACUAGCUGUAUUAAUUCUUUAUUACAGUUGUAACAACGCCAAGAUAACAAAUUGCAAUUUACUUUUAUUAUACACUUAAUGUCAGAUCCCGAGGUAAACAGUUAGUUUUGUUUUCCCGAGAGUCCUGAUGUUUCCCGAGACAUGAAGUCGAGGGAAACAUCACGACUCGAGGGAAAACAAAAUUAACUGGUUUCCCGAGGGACACGACAUUAAGUGUUUUGUCAUAAUUAUUUCAAGACUUUCACUUCAACAGCAUCAAAAGAGUAACCGGAGCGAACCAAAACAGUCGACCCGGUACUUUUAACAACACAAAUUUAGUUCUUAAAACCACUGAAUGAAUGAUUUACAAAGUACUUUCCUUAUAUUAUCUGCGUCUUUUCCUCCACUAGCUGCUGUUUCUCUUCUGGGACAGGGACCGCGGAGCAAGGUGAAAAGUGGCAGGGCUGACAAUUGAAAAUAAUUUUUUCAUAUUGAAAAUCGAAAAAAGGAAUAAAAUCAUAGUAUUUGAUUUGUUUCUGUCGCGUGACUUUGCAUACUUUAUCCAGUGUAUUUGUUGCUCUUUAUAGGUCGGCCAACAUACACGGUCAGUUCAGAUUUAAUGCAAGAAAAGACGCGAUUACAAUUUUAGUAUAGAAAAUACUACACUGAAGUGAUCUGAAAAAUUUCUAACUAUGGCCCUUCACUGUUCAAGUAAUGUAAUUCUUCUUGCCAUCGAAUAUUUCAUUGAUUCGAAAGGAGAAACUGACAAAAGAUAAAACUUUUAUCAACUUAAAACAACUACUCACCUUCGUUUGACUUGAAAAAGCUAGUAAUUUCCUUCAUUUCGUCUGAUAAAACUGAUAAAAAACUCUGCCGGAGCUGGAGGUACAAAACACGCUGCCGAAAGAAGCGAAGGGGUGGCCAAGGCAUGGCGUUUGAUCAAGGGGCAAGUCGGCCCCAGAGCACAAUUACCGCGAAAAGCACAGGAGCCCCACAAAAUGCCUGGCGUUUGAAAUUAAAGAAAAUAAAGAGAAUAUAGCGGAAUAUAGACGGAAAAAACUUGUUUCAAGUCUUUUUUUUAUUUUAAUUAUUUUCCUUUUUAGCGCAAAAAGUGGGGGCGGGGGCGCAAAAAAGUGGUGGGGCCUCGGCCCUACCAGCCCCUCCCCCUCCGCGGUCCCUGUGGGAUGACUUUAAAAGUCGUUGCUUUUGAGCUUGAGACUUCGUGUUUGUGUUCAAGUUGUUGUGUUCAUUCACGAAAAAGAAAACUGGCAGUGUUUUUCCCGCCUUCUGUCACACCACUUUCCACCAUGCUUUGAUCGCGUGCUGUAAUAUCCCGAGCGGGGUACAUUGCUUAAUGUAUCACGAUCGGGAUACAUUUGAUUUUAGCCAAAGCCACACGACCAAGAAUCAACCAAUGGCAGUCCCUGUGAGUUGGGUGAAAGUCUAGGAAUAUAACAAUAAGUUUUAUUACACGUCUUUAAAUGCCAAAAAAUUAAUAUUCUUCCUAGAUUUGGUCAUUCGUCAAAUUUGAAGAGGGCCCUGGCCCUUUAACCUUCUUGUAUAAAUAACUUUUUUGUGUGUCCUAGGAAUCUGCUCUUGCUUGGUACAAGAAGGUGUUUGCUUGGAAGGAGCCUCAUACCAAGGUACAUCUACGUGCAUCCUGUCAUUUGACUCUUUUCUACUCUCAGUGAUUCAGUGUUUAACUGAUAAAGGACCGCAGGUUUCCUUAAGAGAGAUAGAAUACGGCCGUUGGUCACCUGGUGUAAGUUACAUCAGAAGCAUAUAAUCCUGGAGCGUAUAAAAUCCCCUUAUAUGUUAAAAACCAAGCUGUGUUUUUUUAGCCGUCCAAUCAAAAGCACAGAAUUUUUUUUUGCCCUAAUAUGGAAUCAGAGAAAUGAAGAUAUUCCUGUCUAAAAAUCAUCACUGGACGGCAUUAACGACCGGUCUAUUCAGACGUUACUGAGGGAGUAAAAACGGCUCGAAGUAAUUGUCUGAAAUUUAUCCUAGGCCUGAAGGAGCCUGAUGAGUCAAUUUUGUCUUGUCCGGAGGAAGUCAAUCCUGGCCAUUUUGGGAAUAAUAUUCCGAUUUUGGUCGAAUUUUAAUAGUAAAACUGUAAUUACCUUUUGUAGCUCCUCCUUCUCUUUCGUACCUCGCGAUACAAGAUUUUCCUAAGCACUCGCGCUACAGUCGCGCGUAUCAUUAAUUCCAUAUUAAGACGUACUUUUUGAUUGGUUCUCCAAAAAAAGGUUAUCCGCGGCCGCUUACUAAGUGAGCGCGAGGGCCGUAUUGGGGAAUAUUGGCCCAAGGUCGUAGCAGUACAGACCGAGCGCAGCAGGACAACUGGGACCUGGUUACAUAAUAUAGAAAGCCUUUAAUGCUAAUAACUAGGGUAAAGAGAGGGAAACUUAGUUAAAUGUGGCCAAGUCUUUGUAUAUAUUAGCGUUAGAAUUGCGAGCAGACGUUGAAAAACUCCGUCGUUGAUUAUGGCGGUGUUUUUGUUGGUACUGUAGACUGAGGAAGCCAUGUUAUCCGCUAUGGUGGAGGUAGCUGAUGCUUUAGUUACUGACAUGUUUCAAGCCAAGACCUGCUACAGAAAGAUAUUCGCAGUGUGAGUAAACGUACUGUAGAUAGUUCAGUUAAAGCUUUGACAAAGCAAAAUUGGCACGCCCUAACUGUACUCUCGUGACUGUUAUUUGCUGGCCAAGCUUUCCUAAGUCUCCAUGGCUCAAUUAAAGAGCGACUGAGAAAUACACAAGUAAAGCAAGGAGGGGGGCAUUGGGGUAUAUUAGAAACCGCAAAACAAAGAAAAAAAUCAUCCAAAACCGCAAAACCGCAAAAAAAUUCGGCCAAAACCGAAAACCGCAUACAAAACCGUCAAAAACCGAUACAAUGGUGACAAGUCGGGUAUACAGAGCAAACUAAAGUAACACUAAUUUCACCAAAGUAUUUGUGAAUGUCAUGGACUUUGUCUGAAGCCUUCGUAUCUUUCUGUGUCUGCUUAAAUCAUAGGCUUUGUUUCUGCCGCUCUCUCGAGCCCAGACUUUGCGGCUCAAUUUCCGAAAAGCAGCUAGUUAUUGAGCCUAGUUAACUUAGCGAAUUUGCUCACAAGUCGUCUUUAGAAUUGCAAUUUUGCAGUCGCCAAAAGCUAUAGCUCUGGAAACUUCAAUCGAAAAUCUCUAAUCGAACAUUUCCAUUUGAUAACUAACACCUGAAAGUUUGGAGACUCGAUUGUCUAACAUGCGAUUGCACUGAGCUGAGUCGACACUGAGGAAGCUAACCGGUACAAUUAGUUCCUUUUCAGUUUUACACAUUGUUUACAUGGCAGCAGGAACUUGCUCUAAGGUUUAAUGUGGUAAUAAACAGAUACUCAAAACAGCAGUCGUAAAAAAACGCAACACAAUCCACAAUUGCUUCUUCGGUUUCGUUCCGGUGCGGUAGGCACGUUGGAAGCCAUAGCUCGCAAACUGACCAAAUGGUCGCCCUGGUCUGCGAGGUCAAAGUCUCGCCGGGCGUCAAGGGAGACGCUUGAUCCCCUACCAUGACAUUUAUUUUGUCACGCAUUCCUCUAAAUAACUUUGGCGUUUCGCGGCUAUUCGAGAUAAAGUGCUGCUCAAAUCGAACAGAAACCGGAACCCAAAAUAGGACAAAAUAGGAAAAACCAAAAACCACAUCGGGUACCAAAACCGAAAAACCGCUAGUAUUUUUCACGAAAACCGAAAACCAGAUGCUAAAAAACGAAAAAUCCGCAAACCGCAAUGACCACCAAAACCGAAAAACCGAAGUCUUUUGCAACAAAAACCGAAAAACCGAUCUAAAAAAUAGCCAAAACCGCAAAACCGAAAAUCCCAAUGCUCCCCUCAGCAAGUCUUGGGUUCGAAUUUCGUUGGGACACUUUUUUUCUUCCAUUCUGGUAAAUAAGUAAUAUUUGAUCUCUCUCUGUUUCUUGAGGCGAUUUUAGGGAAGAUUUGACUGUGAGGUCCUUUCUUUGUUUCCUUUCGACUCCAUUGCUGCGCUUCCUAUCCCGGAUACCCUCCGAUUUCUGCCAUCUCCCCUUGUGGGUCAUAGUUGUUACAGACACUGAGAAUUUUUUUUUAAAGACCUUAUUUAGCUCAUCCUUUGCUGUGGUGCUGUACAGUACCGCAAAUGAUCCCCAACCGCAAAUGAUCCCGAGACCGCAAAUGAUCCCCAAAAUGGACCUCAAACGAUCCUCGACCGCAAGUGAUCCCCAAAGUCGACCGCAAAUGAUCCCGAAAGAAAAAUAGGAAUGACUUGGACUCAAGUUAGUGGAUCAUCCUGUCGAUUAAUUAUUAUUACAAUAAGUCAGAUUAAAAGCUAAAUUUUACUUCUCAAGUAAAUAUAUGAUUAAAAACUGAAUGAAAAAAUCAUUCAAGCGUAAAAACGAAGUCAGUAGGCAACACGACUUUUACCUCAUGCUAAAAUACUGCUUGUUCCAAUGACUUUUUUCCGGCUCUGGCAGGUAGAUUAUACCUCUGAAGAAAACGUUUUGACUGAGCAAAUGUGAUUUUAGCCGCUUAUUUCAUACUGAGAGGUCAUGACACGCAUUUUCUGCGGUUAUUCAGGAGCACCCAACGAGAAUAUAGGUCAAAACCACUUAAACAUAGCAUUGUUAAACGUGUUUUAGUAUUUAAACGGUAGAUAUAGGCAUAUUUUUAUCCCCUAAAAAUUUUUCAUCUGUUCGGAUUUCCUAGCUGAAAGUCUAGUGAUCCGAAAAUUAUAGGGAUCAAAACUUACCUUUUCGAAAAUUCCAGUCAGAAAAAAGGCUCCCAAAAAUUCAAGGUGACCAUUUUAGGGUAAAAAUAGGUCAAAAAUAGGCAGUCAUGCCAUUUUUUAGAUGUUCGAAAAUCCUAGGAGAGGCAGGCAAGCAAGAAAUUUUACAACAAAUGUUCCGAAAAUUCUAGAUCUCAAAUCGUCUUCCGAACAGAUAUUUUCCGAAAAUUGUCGUUGGGUGCCCCUGGUUAUUGUUGCUUCUGGUCGGCAUGAUUUGCCCUUUGAUGCAAGAGCAUUUCCUUUGACCUCUUUUGAAAUGCAGUGCUCUUCAUUGCUGCUAAAUAAGGGUUUUAGGUUGUUUAAUUUUCUCAAAAGUGCCUCCUGGAUCCGAAUAAUCGUAAGCGACUUUCUUUUAGUACGUGAAUGUGACGGUUUCCUACGAUGUUUUGUCACGCGAUAACUACCGCUUAUAUUAGCGCCAAUAUAACUAUUCACAACACGUUCAUGAGCUGUAAGAAAGUUGCUAUUUCGAAAUAAAUCGAAACCUGUGGACAUUGAUAAGUUCGGGGGCAUUUUGACUUAUGUUUAUGUUAAAUCAUGCCUUGUUCCGUAACGGGCACCUAAGUUACGAACAAAUGUCUUGCUGUUUAUCACGUAAAAUUAACAUUUCAGAGAAAAAUCAAAAUUAAAUAUUCUGGCUGAUUAAUUUCACGCUUUCAAAAAGAUCAGUAAAGUCAAUAAAGCUCUUGUUAUGUAGAGGGUGCCCGGCUUUGUAUUCCUCAGUAGAAAAGUUGAGCUUGAGUUUUUUCUGCGUAACGUCCUGCCUGUCUUAAAUUUUUCAAAAGACGAAACAUUCUUGAAAAAAAAAAUUGAAGCAAUCGACAAAGGGAGAAGUAUACGGUUAAUACCAUACCUUUUCAGAUUUAUUCAAUUUUUUUUUCGCCUUGUAUAAAUUGACCUGAGAUGUAGCGUCCUCCUUGCCUUUUUCUUUAAAAAGCGAGAGAAAAAGGUUUUUUUUUAUAAUCAGUCCUUUUUUGUAAUCAGUCCCAUAAAAUCCAUUCCAUUCCUCAAGUUUUCACGGGAUCAUUUGCGGUCGAGUUAAGGGAUCACUUGCGGUCGACGAUCAUUUGCGGUCCAUUUUGGGGAUCAUUUGCGGUCUCGGGGUCAUUUGCGGUUGGGGAUCAUUUGCGGUACUGUACAGUACUCUUGAUUAAAGUACCGCCGGCCUUUCAUCGGACUUUCCCAAUAGCUGGUGUCUAUCCUUACCUAAGUUCUAGAGAGGUUUAUGAAACCAAGAGUAUAGUUGGUUACCUUCAAACGUUCCCCCUGAGAUCUAAUUUAAGCGCAACGAGUUCUCCCUCUUUGAAUACAGACCGAAAAGGUGUUUGUGUGGAAUCCCUGAAGCGUUGUUGUCUUUUCAUUGCAGAACGGAUGUUAAGUACUUCACUACAGUAUACAGUCAGCUGGAGCUGAUGGUAUUUUUUUUUUUUUACUUCUUUUAUUUAUUCAUAUAUGAGCAGCGUGAUCAGGGUUUGUUGCAUCAUUCCUCUAGGGGGGCGUUUUUUUUGAGAGGGGUGCUUUAUAAAUGAUUUGAAAGCUUAAAUGACUGGCAUCUGGAUUUUCUAACCGUUCGCAAACUGCCUUCCAUUGGGACGUUUGACGCCGUUGGCGUCCCUGCACCCACCAGACUUCGCUUUGGCUUGUCACGCAACACUACCCAACCUUUGUGAGGAAGGAACGCGUGCCGAAACCUUAAGAACUUCUGCGUAGGGCUAUUGGCACACUUUUAGCAGCGUAAUUUAGUAGCUCGAAGUAAAAAUAAAGAGAGAAAUGGAAAUAAACUUCAUUUUGUUCAACCCUUAGUUAAAGUUAAGAUACUGUUGUAGUUCAAACGAUUUUGUGCGUUUUUGUUUUCAGCUUGCUUCUGAUGUACACAACACGAUGAGGAACAUAGACAAGCGCCUCAAACAGGAAAGCGGUGCUGAUAUUGUGGGAGAAAAGCUGUUUGCAUUAUACUUGGCAGUCAGGGAAGCCAUUACUUAUAGAAGCAUUGGAGAAGCCAAGUAAGAAUGCACUGUGGUGAACUCACACACCUUCAACUAUUACCACUUCUGUCAUAAGCUCUAGGGAGAAUGGGUACAAGCUUUUGCCGCAGUGAGUUCUGGGAUCGUUAAGGCGGACAAGCGUUAGUUAUGAUUGGUCGAUGGUAUUCAAGGAAGGCAUUAAGCACCCUUGCUCAUCCUAACCGGAUCCCGGAAAUCGUUGCACCGAAAGCUUGUACUCUAGCGUUGAACUUGCAAUCCGGAGGCCUUGAGUUCAAGUCCACACUCUGAAUGCUACUUGGAUUUAUUCGCGGCAGAGUUGAAAUCCUCCACCACUCUUGUAAAUAUGCUAAUUGGUUUGCCAGCUGAUUUUCUUAACCUUCUUGUGUUAUUAAUUUCAUUUAUUUGUGUCAUUCAUUUGCUCGGCGACACUUGCCUUUGUGGUAUAUUUAAUGUUGCUAAUUCAGUUCGAGACUGUUAUGUUCCCUUCUUAUGGCUACAGACAAUCUCAAUAGACCCAGGGUAUAAGAUUAAUGACACAGUUUUUAUCUGCCAACAUCUCUUUUGCUCUAGCUAGUCUGUUUGAAACAUUUCCAAAAGGUUGAUCACGUUUCAAAACUCCUCGCAGUUUAACUGGUGCACACAAAAUUUUCAGGAGCUAAGGGAUGUACCGAUCAAAUUUUCCUGGAAAUUUAAUCAACCAGUCAAUACUUUCAUUGUUAACCAAAAAUUUAGCUUCCUUAUCAUAAUUUGCGGUAGUUUCGUACGUUAGGUUUUCUGUGUUGUCGCUCAACGCUUCUCCUUAAGAAGUCCUUUGGGGGAAAAACGGAUUUCCCCGGCUUCUUGGGUAACUACUUUUUUGAGGAGUUGCCUUGUUUGUGAUAUUUCUCUUGUUCUUUGUCAGGUCAGACCAUUUGUAUGCUCUCGAUGAUUACCAUCACUGGUUUAAACAGUCUGUCAUGCGGUGGCUUGAUAUUGCGCAAGUCAAAGCCAGAGAGCGAAUCAGAAAGGCAGUGGAAAUUGACACGGUAUGAACCCUACCUAUAGGGCAGUCUAUUAAAUUAUUCCUCUCGCGAAUGCCAGUUUAUAAUUUUGUCGGAGUAGAGAGGAGAAGUGUGACGUCAAGUUACCAUGGUAGCAAAAUUUCUGGAACUUAACUUAAUAUACCACGAUGGCGACAGCGGCGGCGGCGAAAGCGUCACGUAACGCAACUUCGCGUUCAUUGAAACUUUUGAACAAUUAUCACAACUCGCUCACUUUGUCUAAUGCCGUAGGGUAAUUCUCCUAGAGUUGAAUUCUUAAGAAAAAUAUCCAAGUUUGAAAAGAGAAAGCGAAAUUCGUCGUCGUAUGUACACGUGGUUGCUCCUCAAGUCAUAGUCGGCAAAGAAAUCAAGGACACCCAACCAGAAUAUAGUUCAAAACCACUUAAACAUAGCAUUGUUAAACGUAUUUUAGUAUUUAAACGGUAGAUAUAGGUAUAUUUUUAUCCCCUAAAUUUUUUUCACCUGUUCGGAUUUCCUAACUGAAAGUCUAGUGAUCCGAAAAUUAUACGGAUCAAAGCUUACCUUUUCGAAAAUUUCAGCCCGAAAAAAGGCUCCAGAAAAAUCUAGGAGACCUUUUUAGGGAAAAAAUCCGUUAAAAAUUGGCCAUUAUACCAUUUUUUAGAUGUUCGAAAAUCCAAGGAGAGACAGGCAAGCAAGAAAUUUUACAACAAAUGUUCAGAAAAUUCUAGAUCUCAAAUCGUCUUCCGAGCAGAUAUUUUCCGAAAAUUGACGUUAGGUGCCCCUGAAGAAAUGAUCCAAAACAGUGUGCUGCUCGUGCAAAGCUGCUGUUUUGCUAAUGGUAACCUAUGCAGUUUUUUUUUGACGUUCUCGUUGCUGUCCCCGUCGUCGUAGUGACAUCUUAAACUCCCUAUUAGAAUAUUCAGAUAACAGCUAGAAACCGCGGAGCAGCGAGAACAUCGACUGCAAUCGUUUUUAAGCCUUUAAGUCAAAAGAAAACGUCUCGAGCACCACAUUAAACCCUUGAAUAUCUAUGCGUCGAUAUCUUUACACCUCCAUUCGCGAAUCGGAAAAAUUGUUGACAUAAUAGAGCAGCCAAACCCAUAUAAAUAUCUUGUCUUCCUCGGAAUUCAUCACUUAACCGUUCGUGAUCUCGAUGAAAUUAUUUCCAUAGGCAAGUCAAGAAAUCUAAAACAUAUAAACUUGAAAAGUCAGGCUCCAUUUAUCAUCUGAUUCCACUCUGAAAAUUUACCCGAAGUGUUUUCCCCUUUUAUACAUCGCAAAUACACAGAAAUAACAUAUUUUUCUUUUUGAAAAAGGCGUACUCGCCCUAAUUCCCAGGGGUAAUUUUUAUUUUCUUCGCUUUAUUUAUUGUAUUGUAUUCUCAGUAUUGUCUCCCAGCUCUGACGCCAACGCUUACUUUCAAAUUGAAACUCCUAGUUUAGACCCUGCCCAAUCUCGUUCCCACAGCCUGCGUUACCCUUAUCCAGCGGAACGGGCGACGGACGCACUUGAAGAAUCCAAAACCGGAACCACAAACUCUUGGUUCCGGUUUAAUUGCACCUACGUGAAAUUGUUUACCUAUUUAAGCAGGAGAAGUUUUCAAGGUAAACUGGCCUUGCUUGCACUAUCGACCCAAAUCAGGUUUUGUUUACGAUGUUUUUAGUGAAGAAAGUAAAAUGAAAGGACUGUCCAAAGAGACCGAAAAUAAUAUAUAUUUAUUUAAAACGCCGCGACUGAAUCAUUUGUUAGUCCUGACGACACACAUUCUUUCGUGCUUAGAACGAGCACUGCUGAAUGCAAAUUUGAAAGGUUCAGUAACAUAUACGUAUGCAUUGAAACGACUUUAAAAAAAUAAGUCAAAGGAAAUGUUUGAAUAAAAUGUCACGUCAUUGUGGCGUGGUUUCGUGACUUAUCGAGUCUUAAAGAUUUGGAUGUACACAAAUGAUCUGUCAAAGAAAAAUCAACGUCCUCACGGUUUUUUGAUUUUGCAAAUGAAUUUGCAUGCGAUGAACACGAUUUUAUUGGCCAAUCAGAGAUCUUCCAGGGCUUAGUAAUCCUUGGUGCUGGCCAAAAGGAUUGCAGCCUCUACUAGAAACGAGAUUGGACCCUGCCCAGUUUAAUUCCAAUUGAAAGAUGUGUUGCUUUUUAUACCUUGGACCUUGUAGUCUUCUUGUAAUAUUUUUUUAUUCUUCGUUGCCUUUGUAGAUUUUAAGGAUUGAUGAAAGUGUGAAUCACUCAACUUCGACCGUUGAUGCGGCGGGCUGUUUUUGUCAGGUAUGUAAUGAAAAAAAAUGUACCAAAAUGUUGUUGUACCUAUUAAGUGUGAGCUGAUAUUUUCAUGCACAGACUUUUAGAAGACUAGGAUAAUCAGCAAAAUUUUUUGGUAGCAGUGCUUAAAGAUAAAUCCAUUGUCUGCUUUUAAUCCAUGGGUAAGGACCCCCCCCCCAAAAAAAAAAACCUUUUCAGUACCACUCCGUGGGGAGUAAUGUAGCUGGUGCCAGGCUCUCGGUCAGUGUAGACGAGCUACAAAAGCGAGCGAGAGUUGAAAUAGCGAACGAGCGAAAAACGGCGGGAAGAGAGAAGGGGAGAGCCUGUAAGUUUCUUUUCAAUAACUCAUUCCGCCUACUUCCUGAAAAACCGUUUCUCGUGUCAAAAUGACAAAUUUCAAAACGUCAGAUCAAAUGAUUGAUGUAACUGUUGAUGUAAACUGUUGCAAUUGACCAAUCGUAGGGUAUAAGAGGAGCUGGUACACUGGAAUGAGGUAUUGAAAACAACGCUUAUACAGGACCUUACAGGCUCCCCUACUCCGUCUCUCCCCAGCCUCCACGCUUUUUUCGCCCAACUUUUCUCGAUUCUAAUUAUCUUAGAGAAGGAGAGAUGCUAUUAUACAUGGACUAUUUCAUAUUUAUCUAUCACUAAGUCGAAUCGUUUCCAGUCUAAUGGUUUCUUUCUUUCGCUGGGCUUAUUUGCGAGCUGAAUUAUGGAUGAGGUCGAACUUGAUUCUUUCAGAUAUCAAAAAACCAUUAGGCAUUGCUUUGAAAAAAAAUGAUGAAAACUACACUGUCCUCGCACGAAACACAGUUUGACUUUGCUCUUGGGAAUCAUGUAUAGCACACGCAACCUACAGAUAAGUCUGUUAUCUGCUAGCAGAUAACUACUAACUAAUCUGUAGGUUGUGCUGAUACCCAAAAUUAACUGUAGACUCUUCAGCCAGUGAGAAGACAGACAGUGGGUAAAACGUAUAAUAAUACAAGUUAUCCAGUCACUUGUAUCUUACCUCCACAUCUUCAUCGUUCACCUAACCGAACGAUAGAAAUAAUUAACCUGAUUGGCUCUGUGGAGUUCACGGGUGUGGCCGAAUCUUCGCAGUUCCACAGUUUUUCAGGUGAAAAAUAGUAAUUAUUUCUUUUGUUUCUGUCUCACGUGCCAGAUCCGGGAGUUUUGGAAGAAGCUCGCUUGGCCAGAUCCAGCUGGGUCAUACGUGUUUGUCAUGCAAAUCACCGAGGUAUAUACAGAAUUGAAAGCACAACACGACUGCCAUAAUUACGAUUUAAGACAGGGAUAGAGAGAAGUGUGACGUCAUGUUAGCAAGGUAGCAAAGUAGUAUAGUAUAGAUGUUUUACUCCUUUUUUGCGUUGGAAUCUCAUUAACUUGCGGCGGAAUACAUUAACGCCGAUGACGUCAUAGCCUUUUGUCUUUAUGACAUGAAUAAAAUGGGCAGGAAUCUUAUUAUCUUCUCUUUUUUGUCUUUCCAAUGCAAUAGAAACAAUGGGCCCACCAUCCUUCAGCGGUUUUACAGGUUGGUCUGUAAAUAUCUUGGUUUUCGUUUGAUUGACUAGAAAAUAUGAAACGUUUUCAUUGGUUAAUUCAUGGUAUCUGAGGAAUAAAGUCAACCUCGCAUGUGACUUACAAUCACUGAGCCGUAAUUUCGAAGGAGGGUCGAUUUCCCGGGGGGGAGGACUCCGCAUAUGAAAGGGGUGGGGAUGCUCGUCGGAAAUUUUUAAUUAAACCCCUAAAGGAGACCGAUCUGGGCGUGGCCCAAGCUUUUUUUGGACCCCUAAAAGAGACCAAGUUAAAACACAGAUAAAUGAGAAACUUGGAUUAUAUGAAUGGAAUAAAUAAAACGAAUUAAAGAUAUACAUAUCAAAUAUAUAUUUUUAUAUUUUUUCGCGUGCAACCCUAAACGAGACCUUCAGGGCUAAAUAUGACGGUGUUUUGCACAGAACACCCUAAAUGAGACCAAAAUCCGAAAUUUACACCCCUAAGCGAGACGACGAGCAUCCCCACCCCUUUUAUAUGCGGAGUCCCCCCCCCCCGGGUCGCUGGGGUCGUGGAUGGAAAUUAAAAAAAAAAGGGAAAAUUAGAAAGGGAAAAUAAAUUAAUUGUGGAGGAGUAGGAGGGGUGUGGGGUAAGUAAAACAUUGUGUUUUGUGCUAAAAAGAGCUAGUUUGCCUUUGCCCUCAUUAAUAUGCACGAUUUGCCCGCCAAGAAUCAGUGAACCGGAACUAGGACAAUGACAGCGGCAGAAAAUACAACGUGAAUAAUUACGUUACGGCUCAGUGAUUGUAAGCCACAUGCGAGUUUGACUUUAUUCCUCAGAUACCAUGAAUUAAGCAAUGAAAACGUUUCAUAUUUCCUAGUCAACCAAUCGAAAACCAGGAUAUUUAAAGACCAAAAAUAACUAAAAACCUUUAAAACCGGUCAAGGAUGGUAGGUCUAUUGUUAUUGUAUUAGACAGACAAAAAAGAGAAGAUAAAGAGAUUCCAGCGCACUUUAUUCAUGAAAUAAGGACAAAAGGCUAUGACGUCAUCGGGGUUAAUGCAUUCCUGCGCAAGUUAAUGAGAUUCCAGCGCGAAAAAAGGGAAUAAAACAUCCCCACUGUAUUACUCGCAAAAUUUCUGGAUCACGACAAGAGGGCGCUUAAGCAACGAGAAAAGGAAAAAAGCAAUAGGUUUAAUUACAUCAGCAAAACAACAACUCUGCACGUGCAUCACGCUCUUUGAACAUUUAUUCUUAGCCGUCAAUGCACGACUGCGUCAGAUAACUUCCUAAUUGCACGCGCCCGCCUUAUGGAGAAGGUGAGCAAAUUUUCUUUCCUUUUUUUCUUAGAUACUGUCGUUCCGGAUCCAACCCAGACAAUUUCACCAACAUUUGACAAGUUAAAUGAAAUUUAAUCAGAUCGACGAAGUUAGUAACAGUACGAAUUCACUUUUUAAGUGCCGUUUUCGGUUUGUUUUCCACGCUACCAUGGCAGCGUGACGUAACGACUUCUCCUCUCUAUGAAGCCAGUCAAUUUAACGUUAAUUACCGGCUCACCUUUAAGGUGACUCGACCCAGUUUUUUUGGGGGGGUACUAUCCUACUUUGAAGCUCUCUGGUAUCCCCACCUUUACUUUUAUCGUAAGUCUAACACAUAGAAUGGAUAACAUAUAGAUCAAUCUACAAUAUAACAUAAAAUUUUUGGCGAUCGGAGUAAAUGUCACGUGGUUAUAAUGCCACGCCCCUUUGAGGUCUGAGUCGAAAAUCUGCUGUUGCCGGCAUUUUUUCGUGAAAAUCUCUCGGCUACACAUAGUGCGCAUUAGUGCCUUGCGCUGAACAGAGUUUCACCAAAAUCGCAAAGACCCAAUUCGAGAAAUUCAGCGGUUUCCAAAUUUAGGUCAUAAUUUAUGCGAAAAUGAUAAGCAAACUUUACACGGAUUAUAUCUAAUAAACUAUGAGAUUCAUCUCUUUAUUUUGGGCAUCGUUAUAACAGAUGGGUCCUUGCAAGUCAGCAAAACGCUUUAGGGCCUUGUAAAUGCGCGCGAUUUCGAGCAAAGCAAACAUAUAGAAAUUAUAGUUUUCGCUAUUUGUUGACGUUUGUCAGCGUUUAAGAGUCCUUCUCACGAAAAAAGCAUUUUCUUAAAAAUUCGUAGUUUUUUUUCCUUCAAAUUUUUUCAGGGCCACAAUUGAUUAACUAACUACCCGGACUCUGAAUUUCAUGGUCAUUGAAAAACUGUGACAUUAUCUUCUAUAAGCCCAAACUUGAGUAAACAUUGAAGAUUUUUAGCGUUUUGGCUGAGUUUGUGCUUUGGGAGUUGUCUAUUGUUUCUAGUCUGUCAUUAUACAGCAUUCUUGUUCAGCACGCGUGCAAUGACCACGCUUGGCUGACUUCCGAAUGCUCACCGAGAUAUUCCCGUCACGAGUUGGUUUAAUUAUUGGCUUGCAUUAAACCUAUGAAAAAAUGAUAUUUUUUUAAUAGUAAGUAGAUUUAGUGUGUAGCACUUCUUGAUUUUUUUGCAAAGGCACAAGAAGCACGAGAAUUGAUUAAAAAUUGUGACUUAAACCUCUAUGUAUCACGCGAUGGCCUGUCUCACUGUACCAAAAUUAUAAUAUCUCGGUGAGCAUUCGGAAGUCAGCCAAGCGCGGUCAUUGCACGCGUGCUGAACAAGAAUGCUGUAUAAUGACAGACUAGAAACAAUAGACAACUCCCAAAGCACAAACUCAGCCAAAACGCUAAAAAUCUUCAAUGUUUACUCAAGUUUGGGCUUAUAGAAGAUAAUGUCACAGUUUUUCAAUGACCAUGAAAUUUAGAGUCCGGGUAGUUAGUUAAUCAAUUGUGGCCCUGAAAAAAUUUGAAGGAAAAAAAACUACGAAUUUUUAAGAAAAUGCUUUUUUCGUGAGAAAGACUCUUAAACGCUAACAAACGUCAACAAAUAGCGAAAAUUAUAAUUUCUAUAUGUUUGCUUUGCUCGAAAUCGCACGCAUUUACAAGGCCCUAAAGCGUUUUGCUGACUUGCAAGGACCCAUCUGUUAUAACAAUGCCCAAAAUAAAGAGAUGAAUCGCAUAGUUUAUUAGAUAUAAUCCGUGUAAAGUUUGCUUAUCAUUUUCGCAUAAAUUAUGACCUAAAUUUGGAAACCGCUGAAUUUCUCGAAUUGGGUCUUUGCGAUUUUGGUGAAACUUUGUUCAGCGCAAGGCACUAAUGCGCGCUAUGUGUAGCCGAGAGAUUUUCACGAAAAAAUGCCUGCAACAGCAGAUUUUCGACUAAGUCCUCAAAGGGGCGUGGCAUUAUAACCACGUGACAUUUACUCCGAUCGCCAAAAAUUUUAUGUUAUAUUGUAGAUUGAUCUAUAUGUUAUCCAUUCUACGUGUUAGACUUACGAUAAAAGUAAAGGUGGGGAUACCAGAGAGCUUCAAAGUAGGAUAGUACCCCCUCAAAAAAACUGGGUCGAGUCACCUUAAUGUGACUUCUAACGAAGAGUUAGCUCCCCCUCCCCCCAAAUGUCAGUGUCUUUGAGGGAGAAAGUCUACCAAAUUUCUAAGGGCGGCUCCCUUUCUCAGCCAAAGAAACAACGAUUUUUUUUUAAUUUAUGUUAUUUUUAUGUCACUGAUAGGUCUGAAACGUUGUCCACGUGUUUUCUAGUUGCUAACCUUAAAUUUUUACUGUGUUUAGCAAAUUUGCAGCUGUGCCUGUUAUUACGCUGAUCUCCUUUUUGAAAAGAUGAUAAAACAUAACUAUUACGAUGAGGACCCUUCGCAGUUUGACGUUAGUGAACAGGUAAGGUCCUUUCACCCUUAGAGCUGGUGAGUCAUCUAACACGAAAAAGAGGACGAACAUGUUGUUUUUGUCAGUUCUGGGUGAUGUGGUUAUUUUUAACGUUUGUUAUUAGAAAAGGCCGUUACUGCGUGAUGGCUUCACUUUUCUACUACGACCAGAAUCAGGAGCCGAUUUUCGUUUUCCCUUCAUGUUUAUAUUUGGUAAUCCCAGUAGAGGUUUAAUUACAAAAGCCCUAAUUUACACAAAAAGGCAAAACCCAGAAGGAUGAUGAUUGUAAAUGCAAAAUGACGUCAUCGUGCAAAUGGCAGCUAGAGGUUAAGUUAGUUGUGUUUUUGUUGUAGAUAGAACCUGUUUUUACAAAAUUAGCAUCAUAACUAAUUGAGCUUAAAAUAUAUGUGACUCCUUGUAUCAGGGAAACUUAUUGAAGCUACUAUGAUGAUAACAACUAAACAAAAGCAAUAACGUUGAUAAGCAAAAAAACCACCUCUGUGCAUACGUCACUCACUUGUUAAUACAUUUCGUUACUGUCACUUCUGCACAACUACAACGUGAAAUGUCCUAAUACGAGCUUUUAAGGACGGCGAUCAUGUGACGACGAAUCUUAAAACGGCGGCCAUGCUGUUGUCCCAAACAAAUCCUUUUCUUAUGCAAACGCUUUUUUUUGUUUCAAUAAAUUUGCGUAGAUGCUGGCCACGUGAGUGAAAACGCUCUAUUUGCUUUAGAACGCAGUCUUAGUAAAUAACAUAGUGCCUUUUGUUGAUCACUCAUUUCUGUCUUUAAGUUGUGCGUCACACUGAACGACAUUGAGUACAUGCGUUUGUGGCUGGCAAAGUUACCGGAGAGGAUGGGCUGGGAAGAAGUCAUUAAUGCGAUGAUGGUAGCACACGGUGAAAGAGGCGGGAAUCACGCGCGUACAGCGCUAGAGAACAUGCUCUCUAGUUCAGAUGAGGACAUGCUAAAUAAGGUUGCUGCUGCCGUCGAGCAUAUUGGACAGCGGGUAUGUGGUUACUUAAUAUAUUAGCUUAUAAGCAUGAUAUUCUAACAAUAAUUUGCUAGAGUAUCGUCCCAUAACCUAUCUAACUGCAAGUUUGUAUCCCUAACGGUUUUUCCUCUCACCAUUCAGUAGCAAGCUUAAGCAACCUUGACGGCGAUGGCAGAGAAAACGUUACUUAAAAAAAUGAAUUCGCGCCAUUUGAAACUUCAUCGUUCUUAUUCCGUCUCGUUCGAAUUGUUAAAUUUCCAGGAAUUUUCCUGGAGUUGAAUGCUAAAGCGAUGUAUUUAAAAAAGAAAAAGAAAAUUGUUGCCUUGUGUCCACGACGUCCAUUAAACGUUAAAUUGAGGAGUUUCACGUCGUAGUCGGGCAACAAAGGCAAGAGAAAUUCAGUAAAAAAAACUGGAUGCAAGUGCAAAGUUGUUGAUUUGCUUUUUGCCGGUGUCGUUGCUUAGGCCCAGUUCAGACGUCGAACUUUUCAUGAGCCGAACCUUCUUCGAAUUAAGACCGACCCAAACUAUUUAGACCCGCUGAAUUGGUUCGGACGCUGAUCUUAAUUCCAGUCGAACUAAAUUCAAAAGGAGAAAAAUGUUCAUUUCGGUCAAACUGCUUGCAAAAUACGUUAUUAUAAUUUAUGCGUUAAGUUAGGCACAUGAAAAAAUCGGCGUCUGAAUCAAAGCCGUUCCAAAGUCGUUGCACACUUCGAAAUUCCUGGGUGGGCUGAGCGGGAAGAGCGACUGAGCCGUUCCAAACUGAAACAGGCGUUCCUAAUUGUUUCAGACGCCGAACUUGUCAUGUUCAUAAUUCAAAGUUCGGCUCAUGAAAAGUUCGGCGUCUAAUUACUCUAUUUAUUGCCUGGUGUACACCGUUUACUCACGCUGAAAUUACGUAAUGAUAUUAAUGCGCCAAACAGAAGCGCAUUGGUUCUCGCAAGCAGUUUUUUUUCCUUCGUUACACAUUUGAAUAGCAAAAACAAUGUUUGUAAACAGUGAGUAAUGCUAUACAAUAUUGUGAAGGUUAUUUCACAGUUAUAGUGGCAACAAGAAUUUUAUACUUUUCUAUUCUCAGAUGGGUGUGGACAUCAAGAGAUUUGUGUUUCAAAUCUCCUGCGCCUCAGAUCACAUACCAGCGGAAGAUGUAAGUUAAACAUGACAAGGUUUUACAGUCAACCCAAGAUUUUAUUAGUUUUAGUGCGCUUGUUUUCCUUGUAACUAACUUCCUAAGAAUUUCCCAUUCCAUUAAAGUUCAACAUACGUAUUGUUUGUAAUUAUUCAAUGACGUACUGACACUGUACAACAAGACAGUGAAAUUCACCUGGAACAAGUGACCAAAGUUCUUGUAUGUCUUACCAACCACCAGUCUAACUUUUUGCUUGAACUCUUAACGUCUUGAACACAUAAAUUAUGACCUUGUUAUAUCUCAGCCCGCAUUUAACAUCUUUCAGCAGUUCUGAGAUUCCAAACGAGUUUCUUUUGUGUGAUUUUUGUUAAAUUAUGAAGUGUUUUUAAUCAAAUUUGUUGAUGUUACUCUGUCUGACAGGUUGUAGGUGGCUUGCUUCAAUAUCUGGAUGAUGAUCUGAUGGUUCUAAACACUAGUGUAGUCAAAUCAGUGUUUGAAAGGUAAGAAAAACCAGGCUGCGAAUAACAGCAAACGUCAUCACUGAUGAAGGAAUCCGGAUGGGUUCCGAAAGAUCUGCUAAACUUUCAACAAAUUGUUGGUGUUGAAGAUAUUUUUUGCAAUAUGAUAUCCCAACAGAAGAAUCUCCACUCUGUCACAAAAAUGUGUUUGUGGAUUAGCAAGACUGUGUUUUGAGAAAGCGAAGAAACGAACAUUAUAUAAGUGAAGAACAGAAAGAAUGAUUUUGAAAUUAAGCGGUCACUGCCUUUUCAAACUUGGGCUUGUAUUGAUGAAGUAUGUAGUGCUGAAUGGUUUAUGAUUAACAAGUGCGAGGUGUCUCCUUCAUGUGCUUAUUCAUUUUAUUUUGUUAAAUUCUUCGUCAGGAUUCUUCAUUUCAUUUGGGAGAUCGUUAUCGAAAACUUCACCAAUGCCGUAAAAACAAACUCGGGGGUAAGCAUACAUACGUUGUGUGUUUCUUUUUCAUGUGUGGUUUUAUAACCCAGUCUUAAACUAACAGAUGCAUUUUUUUCAUAGAAAACUGCAGCGUUUUACCAAAGACAGUAUGAGGCUCUUGAGGUAAAGCGCGGUAUGGGGACUUGAAUCAGUUAGUUUUUUAAUACGCACUUAAAAUAAGUGGUUAACAUAAGUAACAGAAUGGUAUAAAGACGUGGUAAUUUGUUUCUGUACCAAGAAAAGCUUAUUCCAUGCUUGCCAAGGUUAAGAACAGUAAGAAGGCUACAGAAUUCCGUUAGAUAUGUUAUAAGGACGCUGAAGGGUACUAAGAAGGGAAAAUUAAACGACACAGACAGAUGCUUAAGAAAAAAGAUAGGCGAGAAAAGUUUAACACAACUGUCUCCGGGUCAGUUUUUAUUUUUAUCUUUGCCACUUGAUAAUGAUGUCAUAAGUUAUGAUGUCUUAAGUGUUUAACAAAAUUUAAUUUGGUUCGUAAACAGAUGCUUGCAGUUAAAAUUAAUAAAGUGAAGCAAUCUCUGCUGACAGGAAGCAGCAGACUACGUGAUUUUUUACAAAUAGGCAGUCUCACCAUCUCACUUCAUCUCUUUCUUAUAGCGCAAGCUGUAGUAUAAAAUUCACAACGUCGUGUUCGGUAGUUCAACACAUUGUGUGAACAGAUUUUUGAAAGAUUUCCUUGAAGUUCAUCGUGCAUGUUGAUUACUUAUCCACUGUACUCCAAAAGAAUAGAUCAGCUGAUGGCCGAUUGUCGUGCUUUGCAGAUAGUACUGAGUUUCUUUCACGCUGAUGGGGCUGGGCUUCCUGUGGAGCGCCUUCAGCUUGGGCUUUAUAGGGUGAGUUCUAAUCAUGACCUUUUGUCCCUAUGGAGAGAAGUUUUUGCUUGUUGCUUCAGUUUCGUGUUUUCUUGUGGUAUGUGUUUUUUUUCAGGAAUGUUUGGUUUUGAUGAAUACAUGUUUAUUUUACUUAAGACAAAAUAAGGGCUUAAGACCUUUUGUUCAUAUUGUUGUUGUUCAAAAAGCUCUUGUCCCGGGCGAAAUUGCCGUUACCAUUUUUAUUUACACGGAGUCAACGUAGUCAUUAGGAAUUGAAAUUUUUUCGUUUUAUUUAUGGAAACUCACUCAUUGGCAAGGUCAAAGUAUAUUUCCAUUGGAGUACUGUAUAACUUGCGAAUAUCUUUCUCAAAUAAAGCAGGAGAUUUCUCCAUCUGAAACUCUGUAGAACUUCUGAGUUCUGUUCUGUUCUGUUCAAGUGGCACAAGUGAAUAGAACUUCGUGUUGACCCAGAUUCAAUUCUGUCGAACGUAUAAGACUCAUACGUCAAUCAGUGUUCAUUUGCCGAAACUACUGAUAACACGGUUGGUCAGAGAAAGUUCAUCUUGUUAACCAGACUUAUUCUUAACUUAUGUGUGCUUUAUUACGUUGCACAAAUGUUCUAUACCAGUUUUCUUAUGUACUUUUGUUAUUUCCCAUAGACUCUGGUUGAAACCCUCAGCACUCGUAAGCUGUCCACGAUUGAAUUAAUACAGCAUUACUUAGCUGAGAAGUGCAAGGAGCAGGUAUGGAUCGAGUAAAACACACUAACACACUAAAGAAACAGUAAUAAACGUUAUCCUGCAUAAGAAGUUGUUACGGACAAACUACAUUAUAAACAAGACCCCCAUACUGGGGGUACCAUGGUCUGCAGGCUGCGCGAUACAGAGGCCUAUUUCAUUGUUUAAAUAGUUUCAAGUCUGUUUGCAUUUAUCUUAAAUCACUUUCCCCCUUCCCCAAAAAGUCAUGGAAUCGUCCCAUUGCAGGAGGGACGGGACAGGCGAAGCCUUCUUGGUUAUGCGUAUGCCAUUUUGUUUUUUUUAAUUUGACAUACAUGCUACUUAGAACUUUUUUGGGGCUUUGCCACAGGCAGCCCAAUAGUAAGAAAAGCAAUAUCUCUGAACGUGUCUCGCUUUUUGGUACAAUUCUUUACCGUCCUCUACAUAGCCAACUAUCUCUUGAACUGACUUUCUAAACAAUGCGACGUCGUAUAAACAGGACGUGGAUACCUACACAUAUUGUCUUGCUGAAUACACUUGAGUGAACUGAAAAGAACGCAAAUACUUUCUUUGUCAUCUUACUGUAUUUUCCCUCUCAGGAAAAAGCCGAAGAAAAGUACGGGGCAGUUACAUUUAAAGUAUUCUUUGAUUUUAAUAAUCAAAAGCUGCAAGUGGAAGGUAGGUUUAUUUGUACUACUCCUGAUACUAAACAUUUUUUUUUACAAGUUAUUAGAGGCAGAAACCCUUUUUUACACUCGCUCGCAGAAUGCGUUUGGUGUAUUAAUUAUAUUUUAUACUGUUAGUUUGUUUUGUUGCAUACUAAGGUUCUGUUAACAGUUGUUUUGUUAUCCCGUGUUUUUGUCAGUGCUUUUAUUGCAAUGGUAUAUUUACUUUAACUGACCAAGUGUUCUGAUCUCUUUUCAGUAUUGAAUGCAAAAAACCUUCCACCUUUAGACACAAAUGGUAGGUGAUACUCAGCUUUGCUGUGCUUUAAAUACUGAUUUGGGAUAUUUACAGUUAUCUCGUUUACGGCGUCCUAAUUUACCAUCACUUUGAACAAAGUACUGUCAGGUUAAACCUCUACUCAGCCAAGGUUACCAGGGUCAAAACCCUUGAAAAAGGCUAACCAUAAUAGGUGAAAAAAAGAUUAAAUCCUGGCUUAACCUGAUAACAGGUUUUACCUACAAGAUACAGCUAUUUCAGUUGACGUUGUCGGAAUUUAAGCCCUCAAGCCCUUCGUGACAAGAUAGCAAGCUCAUUGUGGUAGCUGUAAAUCACUUAAAAUUAGGUCAUAAAUAACGUCGCGGUUGUCAAUGCUAUACUAAUGAUAUAAAACUUCAAAACUGUUUACCUUUGUCGUGCUUCAUAGUUGAGUUGGGAAUUUUGUAUCGAAAUUUUAGAACGGUAAUUUCAAAUAGCUGUAUACAUAUAGACUCUUCUGUUGUGUGAACAGGCACUGCAGUAUGGUUGUUGUUAAUUGAUUUCCAGGAUUGUGUGACCCGUAUGUGACAUUGAGGCUGUUACCAGAGGAUUUCUUUGGAAAUGAGGUCAAGAAAACGGAGACAAUCAAAAAUAAUUUGUUCCCUCUAUUUGACGAACAGUUCGAUUUGUAAGUAAUGAUGUUACCAUUCAGUGUGGAUGUUACGUAUGGACUAGGCUGACUAGGUAGAAAUAUACGUUGAUGACCAACCGUCAAGGUGUAUGGAUAUUGGGCCCAAGGUCCUUUCUGCGUUUUUGAGGUCUAUAAAAGCGCAAAAACACUGAAAGACAACCACAUCUUGUCUGAACUUGUUUGGUCAAUAAAGGUUUUAGUAUAUGGCUCGUACAAAAUCUGUUCUUGAGGGACAAAGCGGGAAAUCCCAACCGUUGAAAAUACGUCUUGCCCUCUCGCGGAACUAGCCUUGGUGCAGUGUCUGAAAGGUCAUCAUACAUUUUAUACCAAAUUGGCGUCAAAUUGUCUUAUUCUUUCUCUUUUUGAUAAUUGUGUUUAGUGAUAAUCGAUGCCCCGUUUCAAGGAAACAUUUCUUUAAAUUUGGCAAGUGAAACCGAGGCAAAGAGUUCUAAUGAACAUAAAUAUAACAUAAGGGUAGUGUUGCCGCCAUUUUGUAAUAAGGUGUAUUAAAAUGAUAGUGACGGCCAGUCAGUGUCAGUCACAGUUGAGAUUCAUUUGGAAGACAAAAAAAGAUCCUUUUGUUGCAGUUUGUUAGCUAUGUUAAAUAUACCUGCAAAACUUACAAAAGCACAUCCUGUGCGCAACGAUUGUUCAACAAUUAUUGUUUUACUUAUUGUUUUUGUCAGUGACGUUGAACCCGAGCUGCUGAAAGAGACUGGUGCCUGCUUACAUUUGACAGUGAUGGACUAUGACGUGUUUUCAAAUGAUGAUAUUGCUGGUCACGCGUAUUUCAACUUGAAUAAUAUUCAGGGUUUGCGUGAAGUUGUAACAGGGGGCUUUGGAAGCAUACCUCAAGAAACAUGCAACAUCUUCCACCCAAAACCUGAGGGACAGUACUUUGAAGGUAAAGAAUCACUUUUAAGUAACUUUAUUAUUCAUUCAAAUAUUUCUCCGACUCUGAUUGGCUAAAAGCACACGCAUAAUUCACCAUAACCAGCUACUGAUGACCAAAUUUGGAAGAAUUUUGCGACUAAUGAACCGAUGACGUCAAAAGUACAGCUUCCUUGCCGGUUAAUGCACCGUUAACCGAGGAGACCUGGGGACGAGGUUGAGUUGUUUUGGUUGUGAAAACAAUAAUGACGGACAUUUCACUCGUUUCAAGAGUAAGAGCUAGGCUAAAUAAUAGCUAAAAACAUGGCAAGAACAGCAAGAAGACAACUCGAAUGGCGACAUCUGCUAUUUAGAGAAUAUUUGCGGAGCUGAACAACCCUAAACGUGCACUAUCGAAGAUGAACUUAACAUCGAUGGAGGUAAGCAUGUUUUAGCCAUGUUUUUAAACUAGGAAUUAUUUUGAAUGAGUAAUAAAACAAUUAUUGAAUUCGGCUUUCGUAUCAUAUGAAGAAUUAUGGAGAUCUCGGAGGGUGUUAUCCGCCUCGGCCUACAUACCUCGACGGAUAAUACCCUCCCCGAUCUCCAUAAUUCUUCAUAAGAUACUCAGCCUCAUUCAUUAAUUGUUAAGUAUUUGUGUAGGUAAUAGCAUGAUUUGUAGUGAUAUUUGGUAUAAAUACCACGAGUGAUAUUUCAAAAUUGUUAUGCGUAAUUUCACAAGCCGUUAAGCGGGUGAAAUUUGAGACAAUUUUAAAAUGUCACGAGAAAUGUUACUACCCGCAAAGGUUUUGCAAUUCUCACAUGUAGGUAUUUCAAAUUAAGCUGAAAUACCACUGCUGUAAGCCAAUCAAAUUGCAGAAAUUUCUCUUGUAGUAGUGUAACUGCUAGUAUGGGCUGAGGGCAGGGUAUAGGAAGGUUGAGCGUACCCUCUCUAAAAGAUGACCCUUUUAUGGGAUUUCCCUGUUUCGUUAACAUGAGAAAUGAGUGGGUUUUUGCUUUAACUUCUUGCCAAGGUAACCCGCUGAAUAGGGAAACGUUUUUAAUGUUCAAGCCAUGCCAAGGCUGAAGGCCCGGAGGGUAGCUCUGUGAACAGUGAAGUGAAGUUACUCUCUCUUUUGGCCUCGCCUGUUCACAAAUGUCUCGGGUGAAUGUUUUUAGUUUUUUAUUCGAACAGGAUCAAUUCAUAAUUAUAGUUUCGAGACUUGAUUGUAAAAUUAAGAGGAUUCUUUAGAUCUGAAACCAGUGAAUUAAGCAACGAAAACGAAUCAUAUACAUGUAGUCUAUGGUUGUCAUUUUCAAAGGUCAAGGGCAAGAAUGGAAAGAACGUCUAUCGGUUGACAGUCAGCACCGAAAAAUGCUAAGUAAUAGACCCAACUGACCGACUAGGUUGAGUACAUUAAAAGAUAUUAGGCCGGUCAGUGGCGACCUCGCAAAGUUUUAAACUUCUCUGAGACACUUUGCCUUCAUGUAACAGCGGACUGUCUGUCAAACUUAUCCAUUAGAGUAGGGUUACUUAUCUGUCAUGCAAGCAGCCUACAUUGGAAAUGUCCACUUAACUCAGAUAAGCUACCGUGUCUAUUGCAGUUCUCGAGUCACGUGACGAAGAGCCAGCGCAGCUGUUUGUGAAGGCAGAGAAAGACUUGUACGAGAGGACAAUUAGUGCGCAUGAGUGAAGGGCCGUAGUUAAAAGCUGAGCACAGAUGCUGAGCAGAGUCUUGUAGUUUCCCUGGGGAAAUAGCAAUAGUGUGUCAUGUUCUGAUGGAGUGAAUGUAACCAGCCUUUGACGAAGGUUACUUGGGUCUUAAUUGUUUCUAGUUGAUUUAACAGUCUAUGAUGUUACCAAUUUUUCGCUGGCGCUUCUUGUAGAAUUUUUGCAACGUUCCUUAUAGUGACCUCUCAUGAAAAAAGAAUUUUGUUAUUGUGUUGUUCCAAAAAAAGUCCAUCCCCCCACGGAGGGCACUUUUGUUUGAGACCCCUCCAACCCCCUGGAAUAGAAAUUCCAGGGGGUGCAUGUCAUACCCCCCCCCAACCCUUGGAAUUUCCGUAAUUUUCCAACUUGUUUGGGUACCCCGUGGAAAGAAUAUUUCCCUCAAAAAUGCCGUUGCACUAUACUUUUAU